AUGAGUAGCAAUACGGAGAAGCGGGAUGGGGAAGAAGAAGGAGAAGUCGGGCAAGCCGGAUCCGAAGAGUCCGAUGAUGGAGAUGGGGAUGAAGGGUUGGGAGAAGAGGGCGAUGAAACAGAUGGAUCCGGAGAAGGGGAUGGUGAGGACGAAGAGGAGAUAGAGGAGGAGGAGGCGGACGAGGGAGACAAGGAGAUGGUGGACCCAAGGGUAGGAGGGCAGGAAAAUGACCAUGAAGGGUCGGAAGAGAGGAGGUCGUCACCGCCAAUGACACAACCUCUCAAAAAGGUCAGACGGGAUAAGGGAAAAUUGAAGGAGGAAGCCGGGACCUCAAAGGGGGAUGAAAAAGAGGCCGGGGGAGGUGGACCCCCACACGGAACCCAAGAGGAAGAGCAGCCGGGUAGAAGUCUCGCAUCCGAGACAACCACACUAGACAUUUGGGAUGACCUCAACACCUUGUUCUAUCUGGAGUGCGGGGAGGUUGAUCUGGCAUGGGAUACGGCUGAGAAGCGGAGGGUGCGGGCCCGGGGAAAGAAGUUCGAACUACGGGAUGGGGUGCUGUGGAACCUGAAGGCAAAGGGGGAUAAAAAGCCGGUCCCUAGGAAGGAAGAGAGGGGGGAGAUCAUUAGCCUCCUUCACGGGCUGGGGCACCUUGGGGUCCAACGCACCACCGACCUGGUUCGGAAGCAGUACGACUGGUAUGGCAUGGGGAGUGACGUAUCAGCCUUCGUACGAGGGUGCCCUACCUGCACCUUCCAGAGGGGAUCCUGGACAGCAAAAGGGGAACUGCGGCCGGUCCCGGUUCCAAAGGACGCUAAAGGGGGCAUUGGUGAGACCAACCCGUUUGAAUGGGAUGAGAACAUCUGCUGGGUCUUGUUGGGGUACCGGGCCUCCAUUCAUUCCUCCACCAAAUUCUCCCCCUUUUUCUUGCUCUAUGGCCGCCACCCCAACAUCACGGGUAGUACCUUGACGGAAUGGGAAGUAAAGGAGCUGACCGAGCUAUCCAACGAGGAGGAAGCCGAUGCAGCAGCUGGAAUUAUCUAUGAAAGGUCCUCAGAAAUGGAGCUGGCUCUGGCAAAGGCAGCUGAGAACCAUGGUAAGGCACAGGAGAAGGAGAAGGUCGACUUUGACCGACGUCGAACCCUCCUGGAGCCGAUCAGGAUAGGGGAUUUCAUUCGGAUCAAACCGACCAAGAGGGUGGCUUGGGCGGACCAGGACCGGAAAUAA